UUUGUUGAAUUGUUUAUAUAGCUGUGUAUAUUCCGCCAGUUCUUCGACGACAGUAUUUAGGUCUUGAGUCUGAUCAGAACUUUACAUUUGAUGUAGAAAAAAAUCCGAGAUGGAGACCUCUGCAACUUUUGUCGUUCUUAUUUGUGCCUUGAUGUCUUCUCUGAUUGAGGCAAAUUCCAACUACGAUGGCACAUUUGAGUACUGUAACAAAACUGGCCCGACCUCCGAAACCUGCAAGCCCUGGAAUUCGUCAGCCAUCGUGGAGAUUGAAACGCAGGAUGUAUAUCAGAAGGGAAUUCCAAAUUUGAAACUGUAUUUCAAGGAGGAUAGUUCCCAGGAAUUCAGGAAGUUGAAUUUAACAGAAGGGGCAUACAGCCGCUUCAACAUUUCAACGUCUCUCGUAUUUGAUGGUGUCAACAUUGACGGAGCAUCGGGCCCUUUUAUCAAUCAGGAUAAAAUCACGGCCAUAUGCCUCAAGAACAACAGUCUUCAAGAAUUUCCUCGAGAUUUCUUCAGAGGUAUUUCGAAUCUGACAUACGUUGAGGUAUCCGGCCAAAAUUUUUCGACAUUAUCCAAACAUCUGUUGUCUGAGAUUUCGAAUGAUAUAGUGGCUCUGCGCUUGAUGAAAAAUUCUGUGACGAAUAUUGAAUCCGAAGCUUUUUCAAACUUCCCUAAACUGAAAUAUCUGCUAUUGUCGAAUAAUAGGUUGACGGAGCUACAACCUAAUAUGUUCAGUGGUCUCGACAGUUUGGAGGUUCUUGAAUUGGAUGGAAAUAAAAUAACCACCGUACAACCUGGAACUUUUGGAAGCCUAUUGCAACUGCGUUGGAUGAGUUUGAAAGACAAUCUAUUUGAAUCUCUACCCGAUGACAUUUUCACAGGUCUUAGUUUACAAUUACUGGAAUUUUCCGGAAAUUGGACCGAGGAUAGCUGUCAGUCUCUUUUCGAGAAUCUCGAUCAUCUGGUCUUUGGAAUUUGCGGAGAUGUAAUCAUUAGUAAAGAAACAAGUGUCUUUCGGUCAUUCGGUGUAAAAAAAAAAUCCGAGAUGGAGACCUCUGCAACUUUUAUCGUUCUCAUUUGUGCUUUGAUGUCUUCUCUGAUUGAGGCAAAUUCCAACUACGAUGGCACAUUUGAGUACUGUAACAAAACUGGCCCGACCUCCGAAAUCUGCAAGCCCUGGAAUUCGUCAGCCAUCGUGGAGAUUGAAACGGAAGAUUUAUAUGAGGAGGGAAUUCCAACUUUGAACCUGUAUUUCAAGGAGGAUAGUUCCCAGGAAUUCAGGAAGUUGAAUUUAACAGAAGGGGCAUACAGCCGGUUCAAUCUUUCAACGUCUCUCGUAUUUGAUGGUGUCAACAUUGACGGAGCAUCGGGCCCUUUUAUCAAUCAGGAUAAAAUCACGGCCAUAAGCCUCAUAAACAACGGUCUUCAAGAAUUUCCUCGAGAUUUCUUCAGAGGCAUUUCGAAUCUGAUAUACGUUCAUGUAUUCGGCCAAAAUUGUCCGACAUUAUCCAAACAUCUGUUGUCUGAGAUUUCGAAUAACAUAGUGACUCUGCGCUUGGUGCAGAAUUCUGUGACGAAUAUCGAAGCCGAAGCUUUUUCAAACUUCCGUAAGCUGAAAUAUCUGGUAUUGUCGAAUAAUAGGUUGACGGAGUUACAACCUGAUAUGUUCAGUGGUCUCGACAGUUUGGAGGUUCUUGAAUUGGAUGGAAAUAAAAUAAUCACCGUACAACCUGGAACUUUUGCAAGCCUAUUGAAACUGCGUUGGUUGUUUUUGAGAGACAAUCUAUUUGAAUCUCUACCCGAUGACAUUUUCACAGGUCUUCGUUUACAAUUACUGAACUUUUCCGGAAAUUGGACCGAGGAUAGGUGUCAGUCUCUUCUCGAGCAUCUCGAUCAUCUGCGCACUGGAACUUGCGGAGAUAUAAUCAUUACAAAAUACACAAGUAUAAUGAGAUUCUAAAUAUUGAAGCUUGUUAAAGAAAUGGUAAAUUCAAACUAGAUAUGAUCAUGAUAGCGCUACAUCAUGUAUAUUCGUAUAAAAAUAAUUGACAUUGGCAAUAAACAGUU